AUGAGAAAAUGCGGAAUUAAUAAUUUAUUACAAGGCCUAGCUGUUAGUGAUAUUAUUGCUCCAACCAUCGCUACAAUACCAUUAAUCAUUUACUAUUAUGCUAGUAACAAAGUAACAAAUGAACAUGUCAUUGCAUUCGUUAUGCCACUGGCUACUGCAGCCACUUUUGCGAGUAAUUGGAUCGUUGUAACAAUAACAGCAUUUCGUUUACUUAUCGUUGUCAAACCCUUAUAUUCACAGGUCUACUGUUCAAGUAGAAAUGAAAAAAAAGCUCUCAUUAUCAUAUUUAUUUCAAGUUUAUUAUCCAUUACACCUUAUUAUUUCCAUUGGUAUUUUAUGUUUAGUUCUCAUAUUCAAAAUAUAAUUAAACUAAUGUCAGCUGUUUUAUCUUUGCUCGGUCCAUGGGUAGUAUGUGUCAUUUUAUGGUUGAUAUUACUUCGUGUAGUUGGUCAAGAAAUUGGUGAAAAAAAUGCAUUAACGUUAACACUACAUUCUGAAGUAAUUGCUCAACGUAUUCGAUCAAAAUCAAAAAUAACAAAAAUGGUAUUAAUCAUUUGUUUUUGUAAUAUUGUUUGUCAAUUACCUGUUCUCAUACGAACACUACUCGAUCUACUUGACACAGGUUCAUGUGGUCGUACAAAAACACUCUUUUUCGUCUAUUUGUUAUUUACAUCAAAUUUAUUAUUGAUGAUUAAUCAUAGCAUUAACUUUUUUAUUUAUUCAGUAACAAAUGCCAGAUUUCGUUAUGCAAUUAAAAUCAUGUGUCGACGUUGUUUCUGGUUACAAAAAACACGUCAUCAACGACAAUGGAUGAAUAUUGACAAUAACACCCUUAAAACGGCAAAAAAAUCUCUUCGACGAACACAUUCAGUAUCAACAUUAUCGCUUAGAAGUAAAGAAAGUGUAAAAUUUUCGGCUAUAUUAAAAACUCGUUGA